GCUGAAAAACCCAACGCAACAAACUCAGUGCUUAAGUUUCUAAACAUCACAACGGAUUUUCAUUUUCCUGCAGUUUUUUUUUAAAUUAUUUAUUUAUUUAUUUUACGCAGAACAAAGUAAUUAAACAAGGAUUUUGACACAAUUUCAGAGUCAUCAUGCCAAGAUCGUUUUUGGUGAAGAGUAAAAAGUGUUCAUCGUACAACGUGCUUCGACCGAUCGACACCGAGCAAAGUGAACCCAAACAACUCUCGGAACCAGCAUGCAAGACAAUCCCAGCACUGGUCCCAUUGGAACCAAAGGAACGCAAUUCCCCAGAGCAGCACCCGUUAGAUUCUGUCACUCGCCUAUCCCACCAAGACCCAUAUGACUUUAUCAAGUGUGAGACAGAGCCUGACUACGAGAUACCAUCUCUCACUGAGCUACCUGUUACAACCAGCCGGGCUUAUUACAUAUCCAAGCCUCAACUGGCAGAGUUCCCUCCCUACUACAAGAGCUCUUAUGCCUGGGAUCAUGUUCCCUCACCAUAUAACUUCAGGCAGAUGAGCUUUUCUCCAUCGCUCCUGCAGCACGCCAGCAACCUGUAUGGAGCUCACCUGAAGCAGAGCUCAGAGCCUUUACGAGCGCUUGACUGCAGCACACACUACUCACCUACGUCUAACACCUUCCACUGCAUUACCUGCAACAAGGUGUUCUCCACCCCUCAUGGCCUGGAGGUUCAUGUCAGACGCUCUCACAGUGGUAUACGUCCUUUCGGAUGCAGCAUCUGCAGAAAGAGCUUUGGCCAUGCAGUUAGCUUAGAGCAACACAUGAACGUCCACUCUCAGGAAAGAAGUUUUGAGUGCAAGAUGUGCGGAAAGACCUUCAAACGCUCCUCAACGUUGUCCACUCACCUGCUGAUCCACUCUGACACACGGCCCUACCCCUGCCAAUACUGCGGCAAGAGAUUCCACCAGAAAUCCGAUAUGAAGAAACACACCUACAUCCACACAGGUGAGAAACCUCAUAAAUGCCAGGUGUGUGGGAAGGCCUUCAGUCAGAGCUCCAACCUCAUUACCCACAGUCGCAAACACACCGGAUUCAAGCCAUUCGGUUGUGAGAUUUGUUCCAAGGGCUUCCAAAGGAAAGUGGAUCUUCGUAGACACCACGAGAGUCAGCACAGCCUUAAAUGAUGUGAUGGACAGCAAGGAAGGAAUGAAGACCACCUAUGUCUGUUGUAUGCAAGCCAAGGGCUGGUAAAAAGACAAUUGAAGAAUGUGAAAUGAGGAGGUUUAGUUACUUUAAAUCAACUCAUGUUGAAGGAACAUUCCCGGUUUAACACACAUUAAGCUCAGUUGACAGCAUUUGUGGCAUAAUGUUGAUAACCACAAAAAUUAAUUUAGACUCGUCCCUCCCUUUCUUUAAAAAAAGCCAAAACCUAGGUUACAGUGAGGCACUUACAAUGGAAGAGAAUGGGGACAAUUUUUAGAGGGUUUAAAGGCAGAAAUGUGAAGCUUAUAAUUUUAUAAAAUCACUUACAUUAAUUGUUCUGUUAAAACUUGUGUAUUAUUUGAGUUUUGCAGCAGACUACUGUUCUAGGCGGAUUAACUUUUAGUUAUUUGUCACAGACGAUAUGUCAUCAUGGCAACGAAGUUGUAAAAUUGAAUAUAACUUUACGCAGAAAAGGUUAGUAAGUAAUUUUUAUUAAACUAAAAUCAUGUUAACAUGCAUUUUAUUUACAUCUUGUGGCUAUACUUUUGUAACCUUGAUUUUUGCUUCUUUAUUUUUUUUUUUUUUUAUAUACAUUUUUGUGGUAAUUAACAUUAUCCUACAAAUGCUGUCAACUGAACUUAACUUGUAUUGGACCCUUGUAUUUAAUCAUUUAAGAAGUCACAGACCAUCUUUUCACAUCGUAGAAUACACCUUCCUCUUCAGAAUUUUCUCCUCUAUUAAAUCAAGUAAUUCAUAAAAUGGUAACCUGAAAAGAUGAAUAAGACCAGUAAAUGAGUUCUAUCUGAAUUUCAAACUAUUAAAUCACAUCCACAUGUAAGUUAGCAUGCCAUAUUUCUCACUCUCAAUAGCAUAUUCUCAGAAGUGUCCUGUGUGCUACCUUUUGAAUCCUUUAUUUCUCUUAAAAUUAGACACUUUUUAUAUGAAUGCUUUUAAUUGCUGUGAAAAGAUUGUAUGUGUUUAGAUUUGAUUUGAUUUAGUCUUUUUGUUCUGUUCUAUUUAUAGAAACUUUUGUGUCUUAAUAAGAAUGCUAAAUAAAUAUUGAA